GAGCGGCUGACAGGAGGGGCGGGCGGCUCCAGCACUUCUGGCGCCCAGGCCGGUGAGCGCGCUUCUAGGAUUCCCGUCUGCGUCCGGAGUCCCGGUGUGGCCAGCGGCAGCCGUGCGGGCGGCCGGAGUCGGCGGUGGGAUGUGCUCCGCCAGGAAGCUGCUGCGGGGCGGCGCCGGCGGCGGGGAGCGCGACGAGGACGGGGCGGCGCCGGCAGGGCUGGCUGAGGAGCGGGAGCCCGGGGCAAGCCCGCGGCGCCGGCGGCCGCAGGACGAGGGCGAGCAGGAUGUUGAAGAACCACAAAACCACUCUGGCGAACCCAUUGGAGAUGACUACAAAAAGAUGGGAACACUUUUUGGUGAACUGAACAAAAACCUCCUCAACAUGGGCUUCACAAGGAUGUAUUUCGGAGAGCGAAUUGUGGAACCAGUAGUGGUCGUUUUCUUUUGGCUUAUGCUAUGGUUCCUGGGCCUGCAAGCCCUUGGACUAGUUUCUGUUCUUUGCCUUGUCAUUAUUUAUGUACAGCAGUAAAACACUGGACAUUUGGUAGCCAUGUAUGUAACUGAUAGAACUAUACACUUGGGCUAUUUGAAAGCCAAAAUAGUUUGACAUAUUUCAUAUUGUGUACUGGCUAUUUUGUAAUUUAAAUUAUAAAUGAGUGUUCUUUAAAACUCAACUCUUUGUUAUAACAAGGAUGAAUAUAUAUUUUUGACUAUCAAUUAGCCUAUUCAAAUCUUUUUCACUCCUAUGAUCUGUACCUACCUUUAGAUACCACUUCCCCAUGCCAAAUCUGAACAUCACAAAACAGCGACUGGGCAAAUAGCAUGGCAUGGAGUUGCAGUGAAACGCUAUAGUUCUUGUAAAGUUCCAGUAAAAACAUGUUGAAAGAAAAAGGGGAAAUGUACCUACAAAUAAGUUUUAAUUGGAAAACUGUUGCACCUGCACCUCCCGUUGAAAAAUCCCAUUUUGGGGAUAUAUUUGUCUCUGUUAUCUCUGCGUAGUAUAAAACAAAGUAACUGAUACCUGCCACUAUCACGGCAGUGCUGUGAAGGUAAUAACGCUAGUGUGUUCAAACUGAAAAUAAUAUAUUUAUUGGUGGUGGUGGUGUUUUGAGUUAAAUGUAAGUUUUUAUAUGUUAUACUCGGGCCUUCAUGAGAUUGUAAAGUUAGAGAUGAUUCUGGUGCUAACUUCUUUUUGUGAAUUCUAUGGCCGGAUGCCUGGCAGUGCCUGCCAUCCUGUCCCUAGCCGCUUGUAUGUUUUUUCUAGAGACAUUUUCGAUGCAUUUUUCCCCAAAAAGUUCAUAAUUUUAUAGUUCUUUUCUAACAAUUACUCUAAGAUGUAAAAUGAUGCAUUUUCUGUCAUGGCAUGGAGUUUUCCUCCCAAAAGAGUGAUUUCUGUCUUAUUUGAGAAAAAAAUCAAAUAAUUUUUCUUUGAUAUCUGUGUUAAGGAGUACAGAAGUACAGAAUCAAAUCACUUGUUUAAAUUUAGAACUCAGUAGCCACUUGUAAUAUUCUAAGAUUAAAGCCAGUUGGCUAGCCAUGUCUCUAAUGUAUACUAUGGAGUUUUAUAAAAACAAGCAUUUCUUUAAAUACAUUUUGAAAAUGAAAAAUGACUUUGAUAUUUUCAGUUUUGCUAAAAAGCUUGAAAUCUUAUACUUUUGUCUAAGAGUCAUCUUUUUGAACAAAGAAAUUUAAAUACAAAAGUGAUGUGGUGAGGCAUUUUUGUUUGACAAGCCCUGCUUAGUUAAUUUAUUUAAAGUGUGUCUACUAGGCCGCUUUGUAAAGUUCUUACUCAUGCAAUUUUGAACAUUAUUCUGCAAGAAAUUCUGAAGCAGAAAAUUCGACUUAAGUGAGAACAUUUAACUUGGCUUUCUGAAAUCAGUAAUCCUGCACAGCAGACGUCAGGAGCACAGACUGUACUGUGCAUCUCUAUGUUGUACAUAAACAUAGGCCUUAAAAUUUGGCUUUUCAAAAACCAAAGUUUGUACUAUAUCAUUGUUUUUUUAUUGUGUUUACAAUAUUUUUACGUUUACCUUUGCAAGCUUAGUAUCAAUGUCCGCCGGGUGUUUGGAAAAAGGUCUCCUUUUAUAUAGUAGGAUUGCAAGGUUCCAAUAGAAUCCAUGAAAGUUUGCGUAAGUGCACAAAAUGCUAAUGAGUACAUUCUUCCCCAGUGCCACCAGGAAAGCCAGUUUCUUUUUGGAUGCAAAAUAAAAGAUACAGUGCACAUAAUAGCA